AUGCCGCCAUAUCCUGACGAGCAGUUACCGACGGAAACGUUAUCUAUGCAGGAAUUUGUGGAGCUCGCCAAGGAAACGUUGACAGGACGCCUCACAGUCCCCGAUUUUGUCAGGCUUGUGCUGGCAGGACGUAAAAAGACGGCCGCGGGAGAAAGACGUCUGAAUAUAAACGUCUUCAAGGACUGCGUGUCCCCUGCCGAUAUCGACAACAUCGCGGUUACCAGAGACUUCGACUCCAUUAUCGGAAUCACCACAAACAUCCCCUUGCGGACCUCGUUGGCGGUUUACCCAGCGGCAAACUUCAGAGACAGCCUACUAAAGUCAAAUCAUCUGAAGAAAACAAUUCGAUUGGCUGUAAGUGAUCAGACGUAG